AUGAGAUUUUGGAUACACUCAAAUAACGUUUUUGAUGGAUUAGAGGAAACAGAGAGGAACAAAUAUUACCCUGAUAUAGCAUGUUUUUUCAAGGGGAAGAACAAAGAUCACGUUACCAAAAUAUUGGAUAGCUGUGGCUUCUAUCCUGAUAUUGGAAUAAGAGUUCUUAUUGACAAAUCUCUCAUAACUAUUGUGGGUGAAAGAUUGUGGAUGCAUGAUUUGCUACAAGAAAUGGGUUGGAAACUAGUUCGGCAAGAAUCUCCGAAGGAGCCGGGAAAACGUAGUAGGCUAUGGCUUUUUGAGGACAUCUUUCAUGUUAUGUCCAAAAACACAGGAACGGAAGAUGUUGAAGGCCUGGUCUUAGAAUUGCCGGAUCCUAAAGAGAAUCAAUUGAGUGCUAAAGCUUUCUCGAAGAUGAAAAAUCUCAGAUUGCUCAUCUUUCAUAAUUUGCACUUCUCUCAAAACCUUGAAUAUCUGUCUAGUGAGUUACGAUUUCUCGAAUGGCAUGGAUAUCCUUGCAAAACUUUUCCACCAACUUUCCAAUCAAAGCAACUUGUCUUAGAAUUGCCGGAUCCAAAAGAGAAUCAAUUGAGUGCUAAAGCUUUCUCGAAGAUGAAAAAUCUCAGAUUGCUCAUCUUUCAUAAUUUGCACUUCUCUCAAAGCCUUGAAUAUCUGUCUAGUGAGUUACGAUAUCUCGAAUGGCAUGGAUAUCCUUGCAAAACUUUUCCACCAACUUUCCAAUCAAAGCAACUUGUUGAACUUAAUUUGUGUUUCAGCCAAGUCGAACAACUUUGGGAUGGCAUUAAGCAAUUGAACAAUUUGAAAGUCAUGAAACUUAGUCAUUCCAGAAAUCUUGUCAAGACACCGGAUUUUCGAGGGGUUCCAAAUCUGGAGGAGCUGAUUCUUGAAGGUUGUACGCGAUUGUAUGAGAUUGAUCGGUCCAUCGGAGUUCUUCAAACCCUCGUUCUAUUGAACCUAAAAGACUGCAAGAGGCUUGUGAGUCUUCCAGAAGGGCAUGUUGAGUGUUUGGAGGAGCUCGAUAUCAGUGGAACUGCAAUAAAACAAACAUCACAUUCCUCUUUUCAUUUCAAGAACCUUAAGAAUUUGUCUCUGAAUGGAUGUAACGGACAAUCGAAACCCCUCCUAUCCAUUUUACCUGGAAAAAGCUCACAUUCAUCAGCUUUCUGCUCUCUAAUGGCAUUAGAUCUAAGUAACUGCAAUCUGCAAGAAGAAACAGUCCCCAAAAACCUUGGUUGCUUAUCCUCAUUGAGGGAAAUUCUUUUUAGUGGCAACGACUUCAUUAGUCUACCUGCAUGCAUAAUUGGCCUUUCCAAUCUUCAACGACUAUAUCUGGACAACUGCAGAAAGCUUGAAUCCUUGCGACCAUUUCCUUCGAAUGUUCAGCAUAUAAGUGCACAUGGCUGUUCUUCGUUGGAAACAUUACCUGAAGAUCUAGACACACCUAGCUUGCAAUCUCAACAGUUAAAUUUUGCGAAUUGCUUUAAAUUGUCAAGGAAUCAAGGCGACAAUAACCUUGUAUUUAUGAUGCUGAGAAGAUACCUACAGGGGUUGUCAAACCCAAAACCUGGAUUUGACAUAGUUUUUCCUGGAAGCAAUGUUCCAAAAUGGUUUAGCCAUCAAAGUUCAGGAGACUCUUCAGCAAGAUUUGAGUUGCCACCAAUUUGUUCUGAAAGUAAAUGGAUGGGAUUUGCUCUAUGUGCUAUUUUUUUAAUUCAUAAUCGAUCAGCCCCUAGGUUCCUAGAACUUGCUCUUGGAUGUAUCUUGAAAAUCAAGGGACAUACUUGGCGCCAUCAACUCGAAGAUGGUUUCUUAACUUCAAUGGAGCAAUUUGGGUCCGAUCAGCUUUGGCUUUUCUAUUUAUCUCGUCAUGAGUUCUCGGAGAUAGAUUGGCAUGAGACUACUAAGAUGUCUUGCCAUGUUGAGGUUAUGUUUGCAGCCCAUGGAAUAGGCUUUUACGUAAAGAAGUUUGGGGUUCGUUUAGUAUAUGAGCAAGAUGUGUUAGAGUUCAACCGAACGAGUAAUCAGUUUCGAAUCUCUAAUUAUGAAAAUUGUGAUGCUGCUCAUCAAGUUCAUGACAUAUCAGAAAUGGAUGGUGCCUUGGUUAAGAGGAGCUACAGUGAUCAUAUCAAGAGUGAUGAAGCAGAAUCCAGUGGAAUAAGCAACCUUGAUAUCGAACGGGAAACAAAAAGAAUGAAAGAAAUUGAUUGAAGAUGAAUUAUACUACGAUUAAUCGUUUGCAUAUGCUCAGAGAUUUGAAGUAUUAGAAUUUAGAACACUUACCAUCUGUGACUAUAUGAUACCAUUCAAAUCGAACCAAAUUCAUUUUAAUCGGAGAUGUAUAGUUUUUAACUGAUAUUUGACUGCGUUUGUGAAUUUUGAUAAACUGAAUUAUCAGUUUAGUU